GAGGAGGCGAGGCUGCGGUGCCCCUUCCUGUUGGGUCAAAAGAGUUUCCUCUCGUUAUCUUCCAUCAUCAUUCGUUUGACAAUUUUUCAGAAUCGAUCGAGAACCUCUUCGAGUAGAAGAGGACAAAAGAAUCCUUCACGAAUCGUCGCUUUUCGAUUGGGCUUGAUAAUACUACAAGGUUGACGGACAGGUCCGGUGCCUUCGAGCGAUCGCCAACUCCGACUGUUUUCACGAAGCGCCUAGUGCAUGAUCUUUAGAUUCGCUCGUCUAUAACCGCUGAUUUGUUCUGUCGAUGCUAUAAUUACUGAAGCUUGAUCGGACUAAUAUUUAAUGGGCCUUUGUUUCUGUGAGUUUGGUUGUCUUGUUACUUGCAUUUUUUGGGUUCAGAACUAACAGCAACAAGAGAACCUCGGUGAUUGUCGCUUGUCAUAAUGUCGGGCUACCCACAAGGUUCGGGCUAUCAGCACGGCAACUACGAUGAUGGCUAUGACCAUCAGGGUCAUGGCGAUGCUUACUAUCAAGAUGACCACCAUGCUCAAGCUGGUUAUUAUGAUAACCAAGACUAUGGGGAUGGCUACUACGAUAGAGGUGGCUACGGGGAUCAUGGCUACCAGCAUGAUGGCUACUACGAUGCGGGCCACCACGAUGACUACUACGGCGAUCAGUAUUACGCCCAGGGAGGUCAAGGCAGAGGACGACAUGGUCGUGACUCCGAGGAAGAGUCGGAGACCUUUAGUGAUUUCACUAUGAGGUCUGAAACAGCCCGUGCUGCCGACAUGGACUACUAUGGGCGCGGGGACGAACGGUACAACAGUUACACUGAUAGCCAGUACGGACACGGAGGCUACGGUUACCGCCCCCCUUCUUCGCAGGUGUCGUACGGUGGUAACCGGUCUUCUGGAGCGUCGACACCAGUGUAUGGAAUGGAUUACGGCAAUGGCUUGCCUGCAGGCCAGCGAUCCCGAGAGCCAUACCCUGCCUGGGCUUCCGAUGGCCAAGUUCCGGUUUCAAAGGAGGAGAUCGAAGACAUUUUCAUUGACCUUGUCAACAAAUUCGGUUUUCAGCGGGACAGCAUGCGCAACAUGUACGACCAUCUAAUGACCCAGUUGGACUCCCGUGCCUCCCGCAUGACUCCUAACCAGGCGCUCCUCUCCCUUCAUGCGGACUACAUUGGUGGUGACAAUGCCAACUACCGCCGUUGGUACUUCGCCGCCCAUUUAGAUCUCGACGAUGCGGUUGGUUUUGCCAACAUGAAACUGGGUAAAGCAGACCGCAAAACAAGAAAAGCUCGUAAGGCUGCGAAGAAGAAGGCACAAGAAAAUCCAGAGGACGUCGAAGGAACGCUCGAGGCGCUGGAAGGCGACAAUAGCCUAGAGGCCGCUGAAUACAGGUGGAAGACACGGAUGAACCGUAUGUCUCAGCAUGAAAGGGUGCGCCAAUUGGCACUGUACCUACUCUGUUGGGGCGAGGCCAACCAAGUCCGGUUUUUGCCCGAGGCUCUUUGCUUUAUCUUCAAAUGUGCCGACGACUUUUACAACUCGCCCGAGUGCCAGAACCGAGUGGAACCUGUUGAAGAGUUCACAUAUCUCAAUGAGAUCAUCACUCCUCUGUAUCAGUAUUGCCGUGACCAGGGUUAUGAGAUUUUGGAUGGCAAGUAUGUUCGCCGUGAGCGUGAUCAUAACCAGAUCAUUGGAUAUGAUGACAUGAAUCAGCUCUUCUGGUACCCAGAGGGAAUUGAGCGUAUCGUGCUGGAGGACAAGACCCGCCUCGUUGACAUUCCCACUGCAGAAAGGUGGACCAAGCUCAAGGAGGUGAACUGGAAGAAGGUCUUCUUCAAGACUUACAAGGAGACACGUUCCUGGUUCCAUCUGGUUACAAACUUCAACCGUAUCUGGGUCAUCCAUCUGGGUGCUUUCUGGUUUUUCACCGCGUAUAACGCCCCUACCAUUUACACUAAGAACUACAGACAGCAGCUCAACAACAAACCACCAGGAGCUUACUACUGGUCUGCUGUUGGUUUUGGUGGAGCUUUGGUCUCAUUCAUCCAGAUCAUGGCGACUAUCUUUGAAUGGAUGUAUGUUCCUCGACGUUGGGCGGGUGCUCAGCAUCUUACCAAACGCCUGCUCUUCUUGCUCUUGGUUUUCGUCAUCAACCUGGCCCCUGGUGUUGUUGUCUUCGGAUUUUCAUCGGUGCUUCCUGGCAAGGUUCCGCUUGUCGUUGGUAUCGUCCAUUUCUUCAUCGCCCUCGCCACAUUUUUCUUCUUCUCCAUCAUGCCACUUGGUGGCUUAUUUGGCAGUUACCUGAAGAAACACGGCCGCCAGUACGUUGCCAGUCAGACGUUCACUGCCAGUUUUCCGAGGCUGAAAGGAAAUGAUAUGUGGAUGUCAUAUGGACUUUGGGUCUGUGUUUUUGGUGCGAAAUUGGCCGAGUCAUACUUCUUCUUGACCUUGUCCAUCAAAGAUCCCAUUCGGUACUUAUCGCCAUACCACGUUCACCAAUGCGCGGGUGUCAAGUACAUUGGAGACAAGAUCUGCUACUACCAGCCCCAGAUUCUUCUUGGACUAAUGUUCUUUAUGGAUCUGACGCUCUUCUUCCUCGACAGUUAUCUCUGGUACAUUAUUUGCAACACCAUUUUCUCAGUCGCUAGAUCGUUCUACCUUGGUGUCUCUAUUUGGUCUCCCUGGCGAAACAUCUUUUCGCGUCUCCCGAAACGUAUCUACUCAAAAGUCCUUGCGACCACGGAUAUGGAGAUCAAGUACAAGCCAAAGGUUUUGAUCUCACAAGUUUGGAACGCAAUAAUUAUCUCCAUGUACAGGGAGCACCUUCUCGCCAUCGACCACGUCCAGAAGCUACUCUAUCAUCAAGUGCCGUCCGAGCAAGAAGGCAAGCGAACCCUUCGAGCACCCACCUUCUUCGUUUCCCAGGAAGACCAGUCAUUCAAGACUGAAUUUUUCCCACGUGGUAGCGAAGCAGAGCGCCGUAUUUCGUUCUUUGCCCAGUCGCUGUCCACCCCGAUGCCUGAGCCGCUGCCUGUUGACAACAUGCCUACCUUCACCGUUUUGAUUCCUCAUUACAGCGAAAAGAUCCUUCUCUCUUUGCGUGAGAUCAUUCGCGAGGAUGAGCCUUACUCCCGUGUGACUCUCCUGGAGUACUUGAAGCAGCUUCAUCCCCAUGAGUGGGACUGUUUCGUUAAGGACACUAAGAUUCUGGCGGACGAGACCUCUCAGUUCAAUGGAGACUACGAAAAGAACGAGAAGGACGCGGCCAAGAGCAAGAUUGAUGACUUGCCAUUCUACUGUAUCGGUUUCAAGUCUGCUGCUCCCGAGUACACGCUUCGCACCCGUAUUUGGUCCUCGCUGCGUUCGCAAACUCUUUACAGAACUGUAUCCGGGAUGAUGAACUAUAGCAGAGCUAUCAAGCUCCUCUACCGUGUGGAGAACCCGGAAGUCGUCCAGAUGUUCGGUGGUAAUUCUGAGAAGCUGGAACAUGAGCUCGAGAGGAUGGCCCGUCGCAAGUUCAAGAUCUGUGUUUCAAUGCAGCGGUAUGCCAAAUUCACAAAAGAAGAACGUGAGAACACAGAGUUCCUCCUCCGAGCCUACCCCGACCUGCAGAUUGCCUAUCUCGAUGAGGAACCUCCAGCCAACGAGGGUGAAGAGCCGCGUCUCUACUCUGCUUUGAUUGAUGGACACUGUGAGCUGCUCGAGAAUGGCAUGCGGAAGCCCAAGUUCAGGAUCCAGCUCUCCGGAAACCCGAUCCUUGGUGACGGCAAGUCUGACAACCAAAACCACUCGAUCAUUUUCUACCGCGGUGAAUACAUUCAGGUCAUUGAUGCCAACCAAGACAACUAUCUCGAAGAGUGCUUGAAAAUCCGAAGCGUUCUUGCUGAGUUUGAGGAAUUGACCACCGACAAUGUCUCGCCUUACACUCCUGGCGUUGCCUCUUCCUCUGAAGCUCCUGUUGCUAUCCUUGGUGCCCGUGAAUACAUUUUCUCAGAGAACAUUGGUGUACUUGGUGACGUUGCCGCCGGUAAAGAACAGACAUUUGGUACCCUGUUUGCUCGUACUCUUGCUCAGAUUGGCGGAAAGCUCCAUUAUGGUCACCCUGAUUUCCUGAAUGGUAUCUUCAUGACUACCAGAGGUGGUAUCUCCAAGGCUCAAAAAGGUCUACACCUUAACGAGGAUAUCUACGCUGGUAUGAACGCCAUGGUUCGUGGUGGCCGCAUCAAGCACUGCGAGUACUUCCAGUGUGGUAAGGGUCGUGAUCUUGGUUUCGGUUCCAUUCUUAAUUUCACCACUAAGAUUGGCACUGGUAUGGGUGAGCAAAUGCUAUCAAGAGAGUACUACUACUUGGGUACUCAACUGCCACUCGACCGAUUCCUGUCCUUUUACUAUGCUCACCCUGGAUUCCACAUCAACAACAUGUUUAUUAUGUUGUCUGUGCAAAUGUUCAUGAUUGUUCUGAUCAACCUGGGGGCCCUGAAGCACGAAACCAUCAACUGCAACUACAACUCCGACCUGCCCAUUACCGAUCCACUUAUGCCAACGUUCUGCGCGCCUCUCACUCCUAUCAUCAACUGGGUCAACCGCUGUGUUAUUUCGAUUUUCAUCGUUUUCUUCAUUUCGUUUGUUCCUUUGGCUGUUCAAGAAUUGACUGAAAGAGGACUCUGGCGUAUGGCAACGCGUCUGGCCAAACAUUUCGGAUCUUUCUCCUUCAUGUUCGAGGUGUUUGUUUGUCAAAUCUAUUCCAACGCUGUGCACCAAAACUUGUCUUUCGGUGGAGCGCGCUACAUCGCUACCGGUCGUGGUUUCGCAACUGCUCGUAUCCCAUUCGGCGUUCUGUACUCUCGGUUUGCGGGACCUUCAAUUUACACCGGUUUCCGUCUGCUGAUCAUGCUGCUCUUCUCAACCUCAACUACCUGGACUGCCUCUCUCAUUUGGUUCUGGGUCUCUCUUCUCGCCCUUUGCAUCUCCCCAUUCCUUUUCAACCCUCACCAGUUUGCCUGGAACGACUUCUUCAUCGAUUACCGUGACUACAUCCGAUGGCUUUCGCGCGGUAACUCUCGCUCACACGCAUCCUCAUGGAUUGGCUUCUGCCGUUUGUCGCGUACUCGGAUCACUGGUUACAAGCGCAAGCUUCUCGGUGUGCCGUCGGAGAAAGGAUCAGGUGACGUUCCCAGAGCUCGUAUUACCAACAUUUUCUUCAGCGAAAUUGUCGCUCCUCUAGUCCUCGUUGCUGUUACCCUCGUUCCAUACCUCUACAUCAAUUCUCGGACUGGUGUGAGCGCUGAUGUGGACGGGGGCAAUGACCCUCACGAUGCCAUUUUGCGUAUUGCCAUUGUAGCAUUUGGACCUAUUGGUAUCAAUGCCGGUGUUGCUGCUGUUUUCUUUGGUAUGGCAUGCUGCAUGGGUCCCAUCCUGAGCAUGUGCUGCAAGAAGUUCGGUGCUGUGUUGGCGGCUAUUGCCCACGCGAUUGCUGUGAUCAUCUUGCUUGUCAUCUUUGAAGUCAUGUUCUUCCUCGAACACUGGUCUUGGCCCCGGUGCGUCAUGGGCAUGAUCGCCAUGGCUGCCAUUCAACGUUUCGUCUACAAACUUAUUAUCGCGCUCGCUCUUACCCGAGAGUUCAAGCAUGACCAGUCGAACAUCGCAUGGUGGACUGGAAAAUGGUACAACAUGGGUUGGCACUCUCUCUCUCAACCGGGCCGAGAGUUCCUCUGCAAGAUCACGGAGUUGGGCUAUUUCUCAGCAGACUUCGUCAUUGGUCAUCUCCUAUUGUUCAUUAUGCUGCCCGCUCUUUGUGUUCCUUACAUUGACAAGUUUCACUCAGUCAUUCUCUUUUGGCUCCGCCCAAGUCGGCAAAUUCGCCCUCCAAUCUACUCGCUUAAGCAGUCCAAGCUUCGUAAGCGACGUGUGGUCCGUUUCGCUAUUCUGUAUUUCGCCAUGCUUAUCCUGUUCCUCGUUCUCCUUAUUGCACCCCUCAUUGCCAGAAAUCAGGAUCUGAACCUGAAAAUGAGUGGCAUCCUUCUUGAGCUCAUGCAGCCUCUCGACAGCAACAACAACGACACUAUGACCAGCUAUACCGGCUCGGGUGUCCCCAAGGGCAUGGAGCCUAUUGCGUCCCCGUCAUCGUACCUUACGAACUUAAACAACUAAAGGCUGUCUUGUUUCGUCAAACUACAUUCUGCUACAAUAUUCUGAUAUGGAACAUGGGAACAAGAUGUAUAAAGUAUCCGGCGCGUUGAUGUUGCUGUUGAGCCCGUCAAUUAUGUUUCUUAUUUCCAUAUUAUUCUCCUCAACGGAAUCUCUACUUGUACGGUUCCUGUGAGAUUCAAUGGAUGCAAUAUCUAUCGGCUUGUUUUUGUACUCGCGAGGUGUAUUCUUGUUCUGUCUGUUCAUUAUUUGAGAUUAUUAGACCAGCAAAUUUUCAUCUACUACUUCGUA